GACUGUCGGGAACGCUUUUGGGGGUGCUGAAAACUCCACGGUGCCCAGUAAUCCUGAAAUACACACAAGGAGUCCGAACCGGGAACAUGCAGCCGUCACAGUGGCUGAUCUACCUGGGCCUCUUGGUUGCGUUUUCUCCAGUAGGUCUAAGCGAUAUCACACCCCCCAAGUCCUCCGGAGGCACGGAAAACAGCGAGCAGUGCCCGACAUGCGAGUUUAGAGAGCAGAGCAAGCUGCUCAGGCUGCAGGCCAUCAAGAGCCAGAUUCUCAGCAAGCUUCGCUUGAGGCAGGCGCCCAACAUCAGCCGGGAGGUGAUCAAGCAGCUCCUGCCCAAGGCUCCCCCGCUGCAGGAGCUCCUAGACCAGUACGACGUACUGGCAGAUGACAGCAAUGAUGGACUGAUGGAUGAGGACGACGAGCACGUCACCACAGAGAGCAUCAUAGCCAUGGCCACUGAACCUGAGCCCAGUGUGCAAGCUGAUGGAAAACCAAGAUGCUGCGUGUUCUCCUUCAGUUCGAACAUUCAGCCCAGCCGCGUGGUCCGUGCACAGCUCUGGAUACACCUGCGACCGGCUCACGAAGCUACCACGGUGUUCCUGCAGAUCUCGCGCUUGCGCCCGCUCACUGAGGGUGCGAGGCACGUCCGGAUCCGCUCUCUCAAGAUAGAUGUGAGCGCCGGGAUCAGCUCCUGGCAGAGCAUAGACGUGAAGCAGGUGCUGCAGGUGUGGCUGCGUCAGCCGGAGACCAACUGGGGCAUCGAGAUAAACGCACUGGACACCGAAGGAAACGAUCUGGCUGUCACGUCCACGGAAGAGGGGGAAGAGGGGCUGCUGCCCUUCAUGGAAGUGAAGAUCUCUGACAACAGCAAGCGUCUGCGGCGUGAAUCCGGCCUCGACUGCGAUGAGAACUCACCCGAGUCACGCUGCUGCCGCUACCCGCUCACUGUUGACUUUGAGGACUUUGGCUGGGACUGGAUCAUUGCACCGAAGCGCUACAAGGCCAACUAUUGCUCUGGGGAGUGUGAGUACAUGCACCUGCAGAAGUACCCGCACACGCACCUAGUGAACAAGGCCAACCCGCGCGGCACCGCCGGCCCCUGCUGCACCCCCACCAAGAUGUCGCCCAUCAACAUGCUCUACUUCAACAGGAAGGAGCAGAUCAUCUAUGGCAAGAUCCCCUCCAUGGUGGUGGAUCGCUGUGGGUGCUCAUGAGCUCCAACUAGAAGCAGGGUGGGGAGGCAGGGUAGAGGCUGAUGGGUGAGGGUGGGGGAUAGGAUGUGGGUUGGGGGAGGGAUUUGUCAGCCUGAGGGAUUUCUGUGAAAAAAAGUCUUUGAUCUGUGCAUUAAUUCAAAAUGUGGUGUGUGAUAGGAACAGAGGAGGUAAGGGGAAGCCUGGUGUGUCUGGGUGUGGGGGUUAGAUGGAGAGGGGCUGCAAGGAGAGUACAGCACAUACUGCUACACAUACAUGAUUUACACACCCCCUGCCCAUUCAGUCCCACCCCAGCUUCCCAAGCUCACACCAACAACCUUACAAAUAUGUGAAAACUGAUAAUAAAAUGCUUGGUGUUUGUUUGGCAAGGAAAACUAAAAAAAUGUUGAAAGAGCCUGCUGUCUAGGAACCCCCCCCACCCCACAACCAUGUCAAAUUUUUCCCAACUUACUGUCUUUAUGGGUGCAUGUUGUCCUGUAUGAACCCCCAGAGAGACAGUAACACACACAGCCACACACACGCAAACAGCGCCUCCUAGCACACCACCUUUGGAAUACACUGCCGCUGACAUUUCUGUGUCGGACACACCUCCUGUUCGUUUCAUUAUACUUACAAGGCAAGCUUCCUGAUUACAAUAUCCACUAUGUGCCAUACACAGCUGAGUUACUAUGGUUAAUCAGUGCUAUUGGAGAGAAUGACUUGAAUUUGUGGCUUUCUGAAUGCAGUUGACACUUUGAGAUGUGUACAUGGCAGAGAUGUUGUAGAAACACUCCUGUCUCUGCCCGUCCAGUGGUACAGUUUGCACUACGGCAGACCAAUGGACAGAAUUGGUUGCUACAGAAGUUGUAAAAACUGAUUUUUAUAUGUUCGCUAAUUUCUAUUGUAUGCAAUGCAGAAUUGUAUUGUAUACAAUGCAGUUGUUUCCAUUACCUGUUCCAUUAUUUUUUAACCAAUAAUGCAUAAAUCCUUUAACUAGCAGAUAAGAACAGAAAUGAUGUACAAUAACAAAUCUGUAAUAUGUAACUAAUAAAGGUGCUUGCUUUUGA